AGUGCCAUCAGUUUCGAAGUAGGAGCCAUGGCUACAACUGCACAGUACAUCCCACGGAAUAGCUCUUUGCCUUCCAACCCGUUAAUGCACCCUGACUCUGACAGGAUGCACCAGGGAACGACGUACAGAGAGGUGCAGAAAAUGAUGCACCACGAGUACUUGCAAGGACUUGCUACCAACACUGGCCACCCAAUGAGCCUUACCCAUCACCAGUGGCUACCCACAACAAACAGUGACUGGACCAGUACAACCCACAUUGGACAACCGGAUCACAACAAAAGCAACGUGCAGGCAAGCAGGGAUGACCUGGACAAUGGUUUCCACCACAGAUCGCACCUGGUCCAUCAACAAACUCAGAACAACCACCACGGAGCAUGGGCACCCACUACAACCCAUCACCUGUCUCCCUUAUCGCCUGCCUCAAACGGCCACCAGUCGCUGGUCUAUUCCCAGUCAGGGUACACGAACCUAAAUGCCAUGCUGAGUCCCCAGCCUUCAUCCUUGCACCACAGCAUGAGGGACCCACUCCACGAAGACACGGGUAGCCAUGACAACCAGUUGGAGUCGCCCCAACAGCCUUUUAGUCACCAUCAGGACCACUCGGACGAAGACGCACCCAGCUCAGAUGACUUGGAACAGUUUGCUAAACAGUUUAAGCAGCGGCGGAUCAAACUCGGUUUCACCCAAGCAGACGUCGGCUUAGCUCUCGGCACCCUUUAUGGCAACGUCUUUUCCCAAACCACCAUCUGCAGGUUCGAAGCUUUACAGCUGAGCUUCAAGAACAUGUGCAAACUUAAGCCCCUGUUGAACAAGUGGCUGGAAGAAACCGACUCGAACACCGGGAGCCCCACAAAUUUGGACAAGAUAGCGGCCCAGGGUAGGAAACGAAAGAAGAGGACCUCGAUUGAGGUCGGGGUAAAGGGGGCUCUGGAGAACCAUUUCUUAAAGUGCCCAAAACCUUCAGCUCACGAAAUCACCUCCUUAGCGGGAUCCCUUCAGUUGGAAAAAGAAGUGGUCAGAGUUUGGUUUUGCAAUAGAAGACAAAAAGAGAAAAGAAUGACCCCCAUCGGGGUCCCGCACCCUACUAUGGAGGAUGUAUAUUCACAAGCAGAAACCCCACCCCUGCACCACACAAUGCAGACCUCUGUACAGUGACUGUGAGUUCAGGAACAAUAAAAAAAAUAAAAUAAAACAGAACAGUAAAAAAAAGACAGGACUAUGGAUUUUACAAAAUAAAAAGGGACAUAGACUGCAAAGUGAGUAUCGCCAGUGACCGAGGUAUAGAUUGUGUUGGUGGGUACGCGUAAAAAAAAACAAAAAAAAAAACAUUAAAGAUUAUUAAAGAAUCCACAUGCUCUUACAUUAAGCAAAGAUCUCUUUAUUAACCAAAAUCACCACUUAAUAGGUAAUUCGAUGGGCUUUUAAAGGGGAAACGAUUCAGUGGUGGUAUUUUCAACCUGUACUCGUAAAGACUAAGACGCACUUCAAAACGUAUGCUCUGUCCAUUCCCUUAGAUAUGUUUUAAGAAGACAGCCAGUACAUGUUUUCCCCUAUUCUUUAAAGUUAAAUUUGGGGGGUUGUAUCAAUUGGUGCGUUUUCUUUGGUUUCUAGUAUUUAAACUGUCGUACAGUCCAGGCUAUCAUUCAAACAUGUAGUAUAAGACAUGUUGGCGUGCAGUUUUUUUGUUUUUUUUUUUUUUUUUUUUUUUUUUCACUACUGUAGUGCACGGAAAACAUGUUUGAAACGAUUUGCUGGAGCAGGCUUAAACUGUGGAUACAUUCCAUGUGUUGGAGGAAUGUGUUUUAUAAUAUAAAAUGAUAGCACACACCCUCUGGCAAUACUCCAACAAACGAACAGCCAAACGAACCCCAACAGCCAGCAGCUGCCAGUCUUCGGAAAGUUGCACACUUGGAAGGGAUGCACACGACCUAAAUAGAACAAACUAAAAAAAAAAAAAAAACUCCCCCCUUUAACAUAUUACA